UGUGAUAGGUACAGUAUAGGUACAGUUAUGCGGUACCCCCAUUCGGCAAUUCCCAUUUACUCCAACCGAGACGAGAGAGGGAAGGGGAAGGGGGGGUGGAAAGGAAAAGAAAAAGAAAAAGAAAAAGAAAGGGCACAUGGUAAGUGGCGGUACUUGAACAAAGAAACUACUAUGUCUCCUAUACUACCACGUAGAUGGGACGAAACCUUCCAACCUUGCCGAGCUUAUAUCCCUACAUACAUAAUACCUACCUAGGGUAUGCAUACUAGGUAUAUAUACUAGUAGUACUGCCAGGUAUAUCCCAGGUCCACAUCUACGUUCUUGUCCUUGUUCUUUUUUCUCUUCUCUUGAGGAUUUCUCUCCAUCAUCAUCAUCACUUAUACCAAUCUCCUAUCUUCUACCUACACUAUAGUAUGGACCUCUCCAAAGAUCAAGAAUUGGUGCCUACGCAGAGUAGGCGCGAACAAGGAGGUGCUAGUUCUCUUGAAAAGGAACGAGGACUCGAGAAUCAUGCCCUAUAUAUCGACCCAGCUGUUGAGAAGAGAGUCGUAAGGAAAAUAGAUCGCGUCUUGAUCCCCUUGGUUAUGGGGCUCUACUUGGUCUCCUUCCUAGAUCGUUCAAAUAUUGGAAAUGCCGAGACGGCUGGCAUGAGCAAGGACCUUGGCUUCGAUGAUGCCCAUUAUCAGUGGCUUUUGACGAUAUUUUACAUCCCUUAUAUUGUCUUCGAAUGGGCUGCGCUCAUGUGGAAACUUGUGCCUCCUCACAUAUGGGCAACUAUUUGUGUGCUCCUAUGGGGGCUGUCCUCGACUCUUCAGGCAACAGCAUUCAGUUGGUCUGGCUUGAUGGUAUGCCGCUUCUUCCUCGCUACAGCCGAGGCGGGUUACGGACCCGGAAUCCCAUAUCUACUUUCCUUCUUCUAUAAGCGCCACGAACUUGGAUUUAGAUGCGGUAUCUUCCUCUCCGCCGCCCCUCUUGCCACCACUUUUGCGGGAGCUUUGGCCUACGGGAUAACAUCAGGUCACCCCGCGCACAUCGCGAACUGGAGGCUCCUGUUCCUUGUGGAAGGACUCCCCUCGGUUAUAUUGGCAGCCGUGGCCUUCUUCUACAUGCCGGACUCGGCUGACACGGCCAAGUUCUUGACGGAGGAAGAAAGACAGGUCGCCAAGGUCCGAGCUAUCCAGCAGUCGGGAAAAGAGGGGGCUUCGCGUAUAGGUCACGUCAAUUUUAAAGACAUACUCUCGUCGCUCAAGGAUGUCAAGACGUGGAUCCCGCCUUUGAUGUACUUCAGCUGCAACGUCUCAUUCAGCAGCUUACCCGUGUUCUUGCCAUCCAUUCUCCUCAACAUGGGCUUCACGGCUAUAGAUGCCCAGGGGCUUAGCGCACCGCCCUACUUCCUUUCAUUCCUGGUGUGCAUCGCAACAACGUGGAUCGCAGACCGAACACGUCAGCGAGGCCUCAUGAUAUUCAGCCUCUCCAUUAUCGCCGGCAUCGGAUACGUCAUACUCGUGACAUGCAAGAGCGUGGCCGCCCGCUACUUCGGCGUCUUCCUCGCAGCCGCCGGUGUCUUCCCAGCCAUCUCGAACAUCCUCCCCUGGACGAUCAACAACCAGGGCAGCGACUCGAAGAGGGGGGCCGGCAUCGCGCUGCUCAACAUCGUCGGCCAGUGCGGGCCGAUCCUAGGCACGCGCGUGUUCCCGGCCCACGACGCGCCGUACUAUACGAUGGGCAUGGGCAUCUGCGCCGGGUUCAUGUUUUUCAACGCGAUCCUGACCCUGACCCUCCGGACCUACCUGAGCUGGGAGAACAAGCGGUUCGAGAAGAAUGACGAGGCGAUGCGCCAGGCGGGCACGGAUCCGGCGGCUGGUGAGAUCGGGACGGAGAAUGAGGGGUAUGGGUUUAGGAAUAUUUUGUGAAAAGAGGGAGAAGAAAUGCGACCAUGUAUCUAUCUACUAGGUAUGUAUACUUGAGGUUGGAGCUGUAUAUUUCGGUAUAUAUGCACAGAGAUACGGGCCUGGAAGUAUUAUAAGUCUAGCCGAUACAUAAGAGCACGAUGUAUAUCGGUCGACUCUUAAUUGGGUAGAGUUAGAACUUUAUGAUGAUAUAAAAGCACCUGGUUUAGGUAUAAAAGGGGACAAUCAUGAUUCACGCAUGGAUAGGUUUCAAUAAAUUUGAUAUGACACCUUCG